GGGAAGCAGGAGGCUAUGGCUUCAGUGUUCAUGUGCGGGGUGGAAGACUUGCUGUUCAGCGGUAGCCGCUUCGUGUGGAACUUGACGGUGUCCACGCUGCGGAGAUGGUACACGGAGAGGCUGCGGGCUUGCCACCAGGUGCUGCGGACGUGGUGCGGGCUGCGGGACGUGUACCAGAUGACGGAAGGCAGGCACUGCCAGGUGCACCUCCUGGAUGACAGGAGACUGGAACUACUGGUGCAGCCCAAACUUUUAUCACGAGAGUUGCUGGACCUUGUGGCUUCACACUUCAACCUGAAAGAAAAGGAAUACUUUGGAAUAACAUUUAUUGAUGAUACAGGUCAGCAGAACUGGCUCCAGUUAGAUUACCGAGUGCUGGAUCAUGACUUACCCAAGAAACAAGGCCCCACCAUUCUGUACUUCGCGGUGCGGUUUUACAUUGAGAGCAUAUCGUUUUUAAAGGACAAAACCACCGUGGAGCUGUUUUUCCUGAAUGCCAAGGCCUGUGUGCACAAGGGACAGAUCGAAGUAGACAGCGAGACCAUCUUCAAGUUAGCAGCGCUCAUUUUGCAGGAAGCCAAAGGAGAUUACACCAGUGAUGAAAAUGCCAGAAAAGAUUUAAAGACACUGCCAGCAUUUCCUACCAAAACGCUUCAGGAGCAUCCGUCCCUUGCUUACUGUGAGGACAGAGUAAUUGAACAUUAUUUGAAAAUCAAAGGUCUAACUCGAGGUCAAGCUGUGGUGCAGUAUAUGAAAAUAGUGGAAGCUCUGCCAACUUACGGAGUCCAUUAUUAUGCAGUAAAGGAUAAGCAAGGACUUCCUUGGUGGCUUGGAAUCAGCUAUAAAGGAAUUGGCCAGUAUGACUUACAAGACAAGGUGAAGCCACGAAAAUUAUUCCAGUGGAAACAGCUGGAGAACUUGUAUUUCCGUGAGAAAAAGUUUGCUGUUGAAGUUCACGACCCACGAAGAAUUUCAGUGUCAAGAAGGACCUUUGGGCAAAGUGGCCUCUUCGUGCAGACGUGGUAUGCAAGCUCUUCUCUCAUCAAGUCCAUCUGGGUAAUGGCAAUUAGUCAGCAUCAAUUUUACCUGGACCGUAAGCAAAGUAAAGCAAAGAUUCCUUCAGCCAGGAGCUUAGACGACAUAGCAAUGGAUUUGACAGAGACAGGAACCCAAAGGGCUUCCAAACUGGUGACACUGGAGGCGAAAGGUCAACUCAUCAUGGCAAGCAAUGGCAGUUUAAUCUCCUCAGGCUCCCAAGACUCAGAAGUGAAUGAGGAGCAGAAGAGAGAAAAAAUCCUGGAACUCAAAAAAAAAGAAAAGCUGCUGCAGGAAAAACUCCUGAAAAAAGUCGAGGAGCUGAAGAAGAUCUGUCUGCGGGAGGCUGAGCUCACAGGCAAAAUGCCAAGCGAGUACCCCCUAAGCAUUGGCGAGAAGCCGCCCCAGGUCAGAAGACGCGUGGGUACCGCAUUCAGACUUGACGACAGCUCACUGCCCAGCGAGGAGGACCCGGCUCUUCAAGACCUGGAAAGUAAUUUUCUAAUCCAGCAAAAGCUAGUUGAAGCUGCAAAGAAACUUGCCAAUGAACCAGACCUUUGUAAAACUGUGAAGAAAAAGCGAAAACAAGAUUACACAGAUGCCGUGAAAAAGCUUCAGGAGAUUGAAAAUGCAAUCAACGAAUACCGAAUUAGGUGCGGAAAGAAACCGAGCCAGAAAGGAACAGUUCUCGUACCAGAAGACAUAAUUCCUUCAGAGAGCAGCUCCUUGUCUGACACUACCACCUCUGAUGAACCCAUUGAUGCCUUUACUCUUGCUGGGCAGCGAUCAAGCUCAGUACCUCAUUCUCCAAGAAUUCUGCCCCCCAAGUCUCUCGGGAUUGAGCGAAUCCAUUUCAGAAAGUCAUCCAUCAACGAUCAGCUUGUGGAUACCAGGCAUUCCAGAGAGAUGCUGUCGACACACAGCAGUCCCUACAAGACUCUGGAGAGGCGCCCUCCAGGAGGACGGAGCAUGCCCACCACGCCGGUCCUCACCCGCAACGCCUACAGCAGCAGCCACUUGGAACCUGAAGCCUCAUCUCAGCACUGCCGCCAGCGGAGUGGAAGCCUUGAGUCCCAGUCCCACCUGCUGUCUGAGAUGGACAACGAGAAGCCAUUUUUCUCUCUAUCCAAAUCCCAAAGAAGCAGCAGCACUGAAAUCCUUGAUGAUGGGUCUUCCUACACCAGCCAAUCAAGCACAGAAUAUUACUGUGUGACACCUGUUGCCGGCCCCUAUUAUACAACCCAGACUUUGGACACUCGUGCCCGGGGUCGGAGAAGAUCAAAGAAACACAAUGUCUUGACUUCAAAUUCCGGAAGCAUGCCCAACCUGGCACAGAAGGACAGUUUGAGAAAUGGUGUCUACGUGAAGAAUCAGGAGCCACCUUCUUCCAGUUACUACAUCACUGGAUAUGCACCCUACGCGGAGUGUGACCUCUAUUACAGUGGUGGCUACGUGUAUGAAAAUGACACAGAGGGACAGUAUAGCGUCAAUCCCUCCUAUCGGUCCUCAGCCCACUAUGGCUAUGACCGCCCACGGGACUACAGCAGAUCCUUUCAUGAAGAUGAGGUCGACCUGGUGCCCCAUAAUCCAUAUGCAACCCUCCGGCUGCCCAGGAAGGCUGCUGCAAAACCUGAGCACAUCACCAAAAACAUCCACAAGGCCUUAGUUGCCGAGCACCUGCGUGGCUGGUACCAGCGGGCCUCUGGGCAAAAGGACCCGGGGCACAGCCCCCAGAUUAGCUUUGACUCUGAUAGGGGAUCGCAGAGAUGCCUGGGGUUCUCUGGACUACAAGUGCCCUGUUCUCCAAGUAGCCGAGCAUCCUCCUAUUCUUCAGUGUCUUCUACAAAUGCUUCUGGGAGCUGGAGGACCCAGUUGACAGUGGGGCUGUCCGAGUACGAAGCUGCAGCGCAUUCUUACAGCAGCUGCUAUGGCAGUGCCUACAAUGCUCUGCCGUCUCCCAACAGACAGUACUCCGAGGCCGGGCCGCCAGACCGUGCGGAUGGAAACCAGCUGGAUGACGACCUGGAAAGCAGUGAGCAGAGGCUCUUCUGGCACGAAGACUCCAAACCCGGAACAUUAGUCUGAACUACAGUGGCAGUGUUCUCACGCUCGUGUGCCUUGCGAAAUGUGUCCCGUCUUCCCCACAGGCCAUUGGCUUCUGCAACCUGAAAGCCGCAGAGGCUAGAAGGAAGACAUAGGAUGCCCCGGAUAAGAACCACACGCUAACCCCGGCAAAGUCCCCAAACGGGAGGACUUGCCUUGCAGACCCCAGGCCCAACCCUCCCAGCCAGGUGUGAACACAUAUGGAACCAUUGCCACAAGAGCAAGCACUUUCUAAGAGAAUAAAGCUUCUAGAAGGCAAGCCUCGGAACUCUGAAAGCACAUGGGAAAAGGAGCCGAGGGGAGAUCUCAGAGCACAAUUCAGAAUGAUGAGGGAAGGAACACCAGGGCAGUGGGUCCUGGCUCCCCAACACAAAGGCAGGAUUGGCAAUUUGGAUGGACAAGCGCCUGCCCUUCCCACCCAGACACAGAUGAUUUAGACAGUAUUGGAAAAUUACUUGAAGAGAAGUUGGACUUUCAUGAAGUUGUGAAUGAGUGUAAAUGUUUUUAGGAUAUGACAUAAAGUGAUGUUUUUCAUAAGCACCGUAGAGUGGGUUCUGGAGAGACUUAGAGCUGUAGCAUCCUCCUACAAUACAGCUUGAUGAAAGCAGAUUGGGAAAAGGAAGCAGCCCACUGAAAAACUGACAAAGUUGGCUUGGAGAAUUUUCUAAGGUACAGCGUCCUGGAGCUCCCUUCUGUUCCUUCUCCUGCAGGGGCAUGAUGAGCCCUGGCUCCAGUUCAGGCUGACAGCUCUCUAGCACAGCUGCUUUGGGCCAUGGAGAUUGGAAAAGUUUGCAUAAUCCUAAAUUUGAGAAAGAAUUUUAAAGUGAUGCAGACCUGUCACUUUAAAGGACCUAAAGCAAAAAAAAAAAAAAAGAAAGAAAAAAAAAAUCACAAA